AGGGGUGGAGCCUCGGAACCGCAGCACUGGAGGGUGGAGCAAGGCCAGCGGCGGCCACGGCUGCUGGUGCUGCCUUUUCUUCUUCCCCGGGUGCCUCUCUGUAGGCGCUAGCACGCACGCGCCCCCCACCGCCUUCCGCCAGCCAGUGACUUCAAGAUUUCUCAGCCAUGAGUAAUCCUUUUGCACAUCUUGAGGAGUCGCUGGACCCAAGCCAAGGGACAAAAAAAUUCUUCAAUUUGAACCAUUUGGGAGACCCGAGAUAUGGACGUUUGCCAUUUUCGGUUAGAGUCUUGCUGGAGGCUGCAGUCCGCAACUGUGAUGAGUUCCUGGUAAAGAAGGGAGAUGUUGAAAAUAUCUUAAACUGGAACCUGAUGCAGUACAAGAACAUCGAAGUGCCGUUUAAGCCCGCACGAGUUAUUCUUCAGGACUUUACAGGUGUCCCUGCAGUGGUUGAUUUUGCUGCUAUGCGCGAUGCUGUGAAGGCACUGGAAGGAGACCCAGAAAAAAUCAAUCCCAUCUGUCCUGCUGAUUUAGUAAUUGAUCAUUCCAUCCAGGUUGAUUAUAAUAAAAGGCCAGACAGCUUGCAGAAGAAUCAAGAUCUGGAGUUUGAAAGGAACAAAGAAAGGUUCGAGUUCUUAAAGUGGGGAUCCCAAGCCUUCCAGAACAUGAGAAUUAUUCCCCCAGGCUCUGGGAUUGUCCAUCAAGUGAAUUUGGAGUACUUGGCAAGAGUCGUCUUUGAUCAGAAUGGAUAUUAUUAUCCAGACAGUGUGGUGGGCACUGAUUCACAUACCACAAUGAUUAAUGGCUUAGGCGUUCUUGGCUGGGGUGUAGGUGGCAUUGAAGCAGAAGCAGUGAUGUUGGGCCAGCCAAUCAGCAUGGUGCUUCCUGAAGUGAUUGGUUACAAAUUGAUAGGCAGUCCUCAUCCGCUUGUCACAUCCACAGACAUAGUGCUCACAGUUACCAAGCAUCUCCGCCAGGUUGGGGUUGUGGGUAAAUUUGUAGAGUUCUUUGGGCCUGGGGUAACUCAUCUGUCCAUCGCUGACCGAGCCACCAUUGCCAACAUGUGCCCAGAGUAUGGAGCAACUGCUGCCUUUUUCCCCGUUGAUGAAGUUAGCAUCAAGUACCUGGUUCAAACAGGCCGAGACGAAGAAAAGGUUAGGCACAUAAGAAAAUACCUUGAGGCUGCAGGAAUGUUUCGAGAUUUCAGUAACUCAUCUCAGGAUCCAGAUUUUACUCAGAUUGUGGAGUUGGAUCUACAGACAGUUGCACCAUGCUGCAGUGGACCUAAAAGACCACAGGAUAAAGUUGUGGUCUCUGAAAUGAAGAAGGAUUUUGAGAACUGCUUGGGAGCUAAGCAAGGGUUUAAAGGUUUCCAAAUUGCCCCUGAACAUCAAAACAAUCGUGUGAAGUUUGCUUACAAUGACAAGGAGUUUGAACUUACACAUGGGUCAGUCGUUAUUGCUGCCAUUACCAGCUGUACCAACACAAGUAACCCUUCAGUUAUGCUUGGAGCUGGAUUGCUUGCAAAGAAAGCUGUGGAAGCCGGCCUGACUGUGAAACCAUACAUUAAAACUAGCCUGUCCCCAGGAAGUGGAGUAGUCACCUACUAUCUGAAAGAGAGUGGAGUCAUGCCUUACCUUGUUCAACUUGGGUUUGAUGUGGUAGGCUAUGGAUGUAUGACAUGCAUUGGUAACAGUGGACCUCUGCCAGAGCCUGUUGUUGAAGCCAUUACUCAGGGAGACCUUGUAGCUGUGGGGGUACUCUCUGGAAACAGAAACUUUGAGGGCCGUGUCCAUCCCAAUACGCGUGCCAAUUACCUGGCCUCUCCACCGUUGGUAAUAGCCUAUGCUAUUGCAGGGACCAUAAGGAUUGACUUUGAGAAGGAGCCUCUAGGUGUAAAUGCACAAGGGAAGAAGAUCUUUCUAAACGACAUUUGGCCCAGGAGGGAUGAGAUUCAAGCUGUUGAGCGCCAGUAUGUCAUUCCAGGGAUGUUUAAAGAGGUCUACCAAAAAAUAGAGACAGUAAACAAAGCUUGGAAUGCUUUAGAUGUUUCAUCAGACAAACUAUAUGCUUGGAAUCCAGAAUCCACAUAUAUCAAAUCACCCCCAUUUUUUGAAAAUCUGACUUUGGAGCUUCAGCCCCCUAAAUCCAUAGUUGACGCCUAUGUCCUGCUCAAUAUUGGUGAUUCUGUGACCACUGAUCAUAUAUCUCCCGCUGGGAACAUAGCAAGAAACAGCCCGGCUGCUCGUUACUUAACAAACAGAGGCCUAACUCCUAGAGAUUUCAACUCGUAUGGUUCACGCCGGGGCAAUGAUGCUGUCAUGGCUAGAGGAACAUUUGCAAACAUCCGCUUAUUGAACAAAUUUCUCAACAAGCAAGCCCCCCAAACGAUCCACUUCCCAUCUGAUGAAACCGUCGAUGUGUUUGACGCUUCUGAGAGGUACCGCCAAGCAGGUCACCCACUUAUCGUGCUGGCUGGCAAGGAGUAUGGCUCAGGAAGCUCCCGAGACUGGGCUGCAAAGGGGCCUUUUCUGCUGGGCAUCAAAGCAGUCCUUGCAGAGAGCUAUGAGCGGAUUCACCGCAGUAAUCUUGUGGGAAUGGGAGUGAUUCCUCUGCAAUAUUUACCUGGCGAGGAUGCUGAGAGUCUUGGGCUAACAGGGCGGGAACGUUACACAAUCAUCAUACCUGAGGAGCUAGUGCCCGGAAUGAAGGUCCAGAUCAAACUGGAUACAGAGAAAACAUUCCAAGCCAUCAUGAGGUUCGACACAGAUGUGGAGCUCACUUAUUUCCAUAAUGGUGGGAUCUUGAACUAUAUGAUUCGCAAAAUGGCAUCCUAGACCCAAAAUGUGACUGUUCCACUGUCCACUUACCAUGAAACCUACCUUUUUGUGAUGAGAAAUGCAAAGUAAUCAUGGGAAAUUACAUAUAUUGUCUAAAACCUAAAGUUAAUUAAGUAUCUUUGUGGGUUAUAGUGCUCAAGGAUCUGUUUACAAUCAUUAGAAUGUGAGCCUAGGCACCUGGGCCACCCAACAACCCAGUCAUUUAACUCACCCUGCCUCCAGUACCUUGUUUCAUGUCUAUUUUGUAUGGGUGCGUAGAAUGCAAAAAUUUGAUUAACACAGAGCUUACACUGACCUUUUUCAAUAUUUCAUACAGCAGCAAACAAUUUUUCCCUAUGUGCCUGAGAGAUUAAUACUCUAGUACUAUUGUCUCAUUUCUGUUAAGAGUGAAUCAGAAUCCCACCUUGAAAAUCUAAUAUUGCUAAAAUGCUUAAAAUGGCUUAGCUCUUCUGUGUUAGAGGGCAAGUGUUCUGUUCUGCUCCUUCCUUCUAUGAUCAUGUUGGGGUGGGAGGCAGCUUUGGCUGCAGGAAGACGGAAAAACCAUUUAUAAUAAAAUUAAGUCUAUUUUCAAAA